UUUCAAAAAAACCAAAAAAACACAGAGAAGACCUAAGACAAUCUUCCCCGCCAAGACAAUGAAAAAUGAUCAGGUCCUCUGUAAGCCAAAGCUUCAACCGUUUUUCAAAUUUGUCGGCCGUUGCACUAUGGAACUCCAACAUCAGAUCAACCGUAGGCGAAGGUUUGAGCCACAAAGCCCUUCUUCUCUUCCGCCAAAUGAAGCAAUCGGGCUUAGAACCGGACAAUCUUACCUUCCCAUUUGUAGCAAAAGCAUGUGCGAAGCUCUCCAAUCUCAAAUACUCCGAAAUCAUUCACACCCAUGUUGUGAAAUCCCCCUUUUGGUCUGAUAUAUUCGUCCAAACAGCCAUGGUAAGUAUGUACAUAAAAUGUGGUGAACUAAAUUCUGCGUGCUACUUGUUCGAGGAAAUGCCUGUGAAGGAUGUUGCUUCUUGGAAUGCCAUGAUUUUGGGUUUUGCCCAGUCGGGGCUCCUUGGUACAGUUUCAAAACUUCUAUGCCAAAUGCGACUCAUGGGAUUUAAGCCUGACUCAAUCACACUCAUAGCCUUGAUCCAGUUGAGUUCCAAUACUACAAAUUUGAAAGAGGCAAGAGCUGUCCAUUGCUUUGGAAUUCAACUUGGUCUCGGUGAUGAUGUUUCAGUUGCCAACACUUUAAUUGCUGCAUAUGCUAAGUGCAAUGACUUAGGCUCUGCAGAGGGGGUGUUUAAUGGCAUAUCAUUGGGUAUGAAGUCUGUAGUCUCAUGGAAUUCGAUGAUUUCCGGGUGUGCCCACCUUGAAGAAUCUGCUGAGGCCAUUGGUUUCUACCGAUUGAUGUGCCAAAAUGGGGUAAAGUCUGAUGUGAGCACUUUUCUUAGCUUGCUUUCAUCAUGUGUGCAACCUGAAGCACUUUUACCUGGUAAGGCAUUGCAUUCUCAUGCGGUCCAAACAGGUUGUGAUCUGGACAUUUCUGUGAUUAACACUCUCAUUUCGAUGUAUUCCAAGUGUGGAGAUAUUAAUUCAGCACGUUAUUUAUUUAACACUAUGUAUGAAAGAACUUAUGUUUCGUGGACAGCUAUGAUCAGUGGAUAUGCUGAGAAGGGAAAUUUGGAUGAGGCGCUGUCUUUGUUUUAUGACAUGGUAGCAGCGGGCGAGAAGCCUGACUUGGUUACAGUGCUUGCUCUGCUGUCUGCCUGUGGCCAAACAGGAGCUCUUGAGACUGGAAGAUGGAUUAAUUUGUAUGCCAUUUCAAAAGGGUUGAGAGGGAAUGUACUAGUUUGUAAUGCAUUGAUAGACAUGUAUGCAAAGUGUGGAAGCAUGGAAGACGCAAUUGAUCUUUUUCAAACCAUGCCUGAAAGAACUAUAAUCACUUGGACAACCAUGAUUGCUGGGUAUGCUCUGAAUGGGGAAUCCACAGAAGCUUUGAGUUUUUUCUCUCAGAUGAUGGAGUUUGGUUUGAAACCAAACCACAUAACAUUUCUGGCUGUUCUACAAGCUUGCACCCAUGCAGGUUUCCUUGAGAAAGGGUGGAAGUAUUUCAAUUUAAUGACCAAAGUUUAUAAAGUAAGCCCUAGAUUAGAACACUAUGCCUGCAUGGCGGAUCUUCUUGGUCGAGCAGGGAAGCUGAAAGAAGCAUUAGAUUUCAUUCUAAAGAUGCCAGUUAGACCUGAUUGUGGCGUAUGGGGUGCACUGCUUGGUGCUUGCAAGAUUCACCAAGACAUAGAGAUUGGAGAGUAUGUGGCCAGCCGUCUUUUCGAGCUUGAGCCUGAGGCUGCAGUUUCGUAUGUGGCAAUGGCAAAUAUCUAUGCAGCAAAAGGGAAGUGGGAUGGUGCAGCAAAGAUACGAUCAACUAUGAAAUGCAAAAAGGUGAGGAAAUUUCCUGGUCGCAGCCUUAUUCAGGUGAAUGGGAAAACUCAUGUAUUCACAGUUGAAGACAGGUGUCACCCUGAAGAGCUACAGAUAUAUGAAGUGUUAGAUGGUUUGGCUUUGCAGUUGAAGGAAUCCAGGUUGAGGCCAUCAUCAGAGGACAUUCUACCAUAUGAUUUAUAGUCAAAUUGUGGGAUAUACUGAUUGUUUUGAUGUGAGAGGCAUCCUAAUUGACAAAACAUGUCAUCUUAAUGAAAAUUGUAGGAGACAUUUUUAGGGUGGAGGGAAACCCUCAUACUCAAGUAUCGAACUUCUCAGCACCUGAAAUCAAGCAGAUUCAUUUGAUAAACAUUUAUUUUUCUCUUUUUA